AUGGAAUUUCACAUAAGUCUAGGGAAGAAAGCGUCACCUUUGCUCUAUGCUCCAAACUUGCCAGUACGACGGGUUCCCGCGCUGCCAGGCAGCCACACUUGCUCGCACAACCCGAGCUACGCUGCCUCAGUGUCCCGCCUGAUGCGCGCCGUUCUGCCCGGCUGGGUGGCGGCGCCGUUCCCGCUGCAGGAACUGGGGCAGAUGAGAGGCCCCGGCUAUGCGCACCGGCCGCACUGCGGUAUAGUGGCGCCCCCUGGCGGGCGAGUGCAAAGACCAAAAAGCCGCAGCCCCCGGGCAGAGCCUGCCACUUUCCACCCGAAACCCGCAAGCCCCGAGCCGCCACUCCCUCCGCUCCCUGGCGCCUUGGGCGGAGCCGUGCGCGACGGCGCCGUGGGUGGGGUCAUGCGUGACGUCGCUGUGGGCGGGGCCGUGCGCAGAGGCGGGUCCCGCGUCGCUGGCAGAGGCAAUUCCCGCGUCGCUGGCAGGGGCAGCGGUGCCGACAGCAGCAGGACUGGGGCUAUGGAGCGUGGUGGGGUUCCGUCCUUCCUGCCGCCCUUCCCGCACUUUGCCACGCAGGCCAUCCACGUCGGGCAGGAGCCCGAGCAGUGGCGAUCGGGUGCUCUUGUGCCUCCUCUCUCUCUCGCCACUACCUUCAAGCAAAAAGCUCCGGGGCAGCAUACGGGUUAUGAAUACAGCCGGAGUGGAAACCCUACCCGGAACUGCCUGGAGAAGGCUGUGGCAGCACUUGAUGGAGCUAAAUACUGUUUAGCUUUUGCCUCUGGCUUAGCUGCUACUUUGAACAUCACUCACCUCUUGAAGUCAGGAGACACUAUUAUCUGCAUGGAUGAUGUUUAUGGAGGCACAAAUAGGUACUUCAGAGAAGUAGCCAUGAAAAUGGGGCUGAAUGUGGUUUUUGUUGACUGCACCCAAACAAAAUGCCUAGAAGCUGCCAUUACACCUGAGACCAAGCUUGUUUGGAUUGAAACCCCAACCAACCCCACGCUGAAGGUCAUCGACAUCAAGGCCUGUGCAGAUGUAGUCCACAAGCACAAAGAUGUUCUUCUGGUGGUGGACAACACUUUCAUGUCUGCCUAUUUCCAGCGUCCUUUGUCUCUGGGGGCUGACAUCUGUAUGUACUCUGCCACCAAAUACAUGAAUGGUCAUAGUGAUGUUGUCAUGGGACUUGUUUCAGUGAACUCCGAUGAACUCUAUGAAAGGCUCAAGUUCUUACAAAACUCUCUUGGAGCUGUUCCCUCUCCCUUUGACUGCUACCUCUGCAACCGUGGUCUGAAGACCUUGGAGGUCCGGAUGAAGCAACACUUCCGCAACGCCUUGGCUGUUGCUCGCUUCCUUGAGGCACAUCCCCGGGUGGAGAAGGUCAUUUUCCCAGGUUUGCCCUCACACCCCCAGCAUGAGCUCACCAAGAGGCAGUGCACUGGUUGUCCUGGGAUGGUGACCUUUUACAUCAAAGGAGGUCUGGAACACGCUUCUGCCUUCCUCCGGAACUUAAAGGUUUUUGCGCUGGCGGAGAGUCUGGGCGGAUACGAAAGCCUUGCAGAGCAUCCAGCCAUCAUGACUCACGCCUCAGUGCCUAAAGAAGAUAGAGAGGUUCUUGGAAUCAGUGACACUUUAAUUCGCUUGUCAGUGGGUUUGGAAGACGAAGAAGAUUUACUGGAAGACCUAGAGCAAGCUCUGGAAGCUGUGUUUGCAAACCCUGAGGCUUGAUGUUUACAACCAAAACA